AUGCUGAAUAUGGAGACUAUUGAGCCAAAGUCACAUUCAUGGUGGUGGGACAGCCAUAUUAGCAAUGAAAAUUUUGAAUGGCUUUCUAAAAAUCGUCAAGGGGCGGAUCAGAGGGUCAAAGAUAUCAAACAACUGCUAAAUUUGAUUGUAGAUGGAAGUUCUUCUGAGAUUAACCCUGAGGUUUAUUACCAGAAAAAGCCAGAGUUGAUUGCACAUGUUGAGGAGUUUUAUUGCAUGCACCAACUGCUGGCUAAGCGCUAUGACGAUUUGAUUGGAGAAUUACGCAAUAACACUGCAUCCCUGCUACAAACGCAGCAUAAAGGGAUUUCUGAUUCUGGCUCUUAUCAAGUUUCUCCAUUGCUAACCCCAGAUCAGAAGUUGGGUCUGCACAAAUCUGAACCAGCUAUUGAGUCUGAGUUAUAUGUAAGCUCUGGUGGGGGUAGUUCUGAUAUUUCUUUAAAGGGAGGUUAUGAAACUUCAUCAUCAUCAUCUGACUCAGAUUCAGAAUCUUUUGAAUCCCUUUUGAACAAAAACUCAUUUCCUUUGGUGAAAGAUGACAGCAAAGGGCAGCGCCAAAAAUUACUAGAGACUGGCAAGGAGGAGAAUGUCUGGGUGGCCAAGCAAGAAAAGGCAGAUGAGACAUUGGAAGUAGGAGGAGAUAGGGAUCCUGAAAAAUUGCUUAAAAGCAUCACCGAGUAUAAUGAGGAACUCAGGGAAGCAAAGGAAAAGGUUCAGUCUUCCGAAGAAGAGAUUGUCAGGUUGAAGAGUGAGCUCCAGAAGAACGAACCAGGUAUCGUUCUUAUGGGUGAUUUAAUGGCUCAACCUGAAUCAGCACAAUGUGAUAUCCAAAUGAAAGGGGCUGAUCUUGAUGUGGAGAGAAGAAUGGUGUUGGAACUACAAAAACAGGUAUCUGCAUUGAAAAAUCAGGUUCUGGACUCUAAUGGCAUAAUUAAGACAUUGCAGAAAGAGUUGGAGAUCACUAGAGAGAAACAUAAGGGUGCAGAGGAACCUGAUCUCUCAAACAAAAAAAUUGAUUGUGCUCAUCAAUUACAAGAUCAGCUUGAGUCAGCCCAGAAAGUUGUAUCAUUGUUGGAGGCCAAGCUUGUUUCAGAGGAAAGUAUUGUUCUGCAACUGAAAGGGCAGAUAAAAAGGUAUGUGGUUGAUGUGUCUGACCGCGAUACUGAGAUCAGGGAAUUGAAAGCUGCAUUCUGUGAUGCCCAACAAAAUUUCUCUCUGGAGAAAUCUCAACUCCAAUCUGAUAUUGCUAGUUUGUCAGAACAACAAAACCUCCUUUGGACGAGCAUUGAAGAAUGGAAACUGCGAUGCAAAUCAUUAGAAAACGAGACUAGUCGAUUUGAAGCUGAAAAGAAGGAGACAAAAAGUUUGCAUGAAGCCGAACAGAUGAGUUGGCAAUGUGAUAUUGAAAGGUUAAAGACCGAAGUAAAUGAGAGAAGUGAACAAAAGGAAGUUUUGUGUAAAAAACUUGACAUGCUAAAGUUGGAAUACAAUAUGCUAAUGGCAGAGAAAGAUGGGGUAAGUGCUAUGGCAAACACCCUCAGUGCAGAGUUGUGUUGUCGGAACGAUCAAAUUCGAGAAAUGGGGCAUCAACUGAGUCAGAUGCACUUGCAACAUGAGGCAAAUAAGGCGGUGCUUGGUACAAUUGAAGGUGCUCGAGAACGUACAAACGCACUAUAUUUGAGAGCCGAGGAGCUAGAGAAAGAGGUGGAUAAGCAGAGAGUUGAAAUCUCCGAAAGAACCGAAGAGAAAAGGGAGGCUAUACGGCAGCUAUGUUUCUCCCUGGAACAUUACAGAAGCCGCUAUCGAGAACUUUGUCAGGCAUAUAAUGAGCUUAAGCGAUAUGCAGGUUUGGGUUUGUAAGUUGAAUGAGUUUUGGUUUGCCUUAGAAGUUCAUGUCAUGUUUGCAAGUUGAUUAUAUCUUUUACUUUUCUGGAUCUUAUGUCGUUGCAUUUUAGCUCGUGAUUGCUUCAGAUGGUUAAGUCAAUGCUUCUGAUCUUUAUCUGCAUGCUGCUGUAAGCCCUGGAUCUACAUCCCAAAAUGUACCUAUAACUUUUUGUGCUUAAAUUGCUUAAUUGGGGCUCCUCUUUCUAGUUGUUUUUAAAGGCUUCACAUCCACUGUAAUGACUGUCAUUUUUGUCUCACAAGCUAAUUUUGUUGGAAU